ACUUCAGUUCAAUUGAACUAAACCCACACUGCAAUUCUUUCUGGAUCUUGUCUUUGUUCGCAUCUCUUGUUACCUGUUAGCGACUUCACCUCGUUAGGGUAUAUGUAUGAUUUGUGUGUCUGCUGUGUGCCUCUCAUCUCUCUCAUGCCAGCCCCGCCUUCCUCUGCUCGGCGUCGUCUUCUUUGCUUUCUCUCACCCUCUCUUCUCCGCCAAAAGCCCUAAAAAUAUCUUUUUUUUUUGUCUUCUCCAUUGACGUUGAUUGAUUCCAUCUUCUUGUACUAGUAUUGUAUUGACUUUAUUAUUCUUUUUCUCUUGUUAAUUUUAGCCUAAAAUACCCUAACUACUUUGCUGCUUCACCGUCCUUCUCCAUAGAUUGCUCCUUAUUCUUGUUUGCUGCGACGACUCCAGAGUCUACUGCGCACCUCAAUCCUUAUCCGCUGCAAUUUCCUCAUAAUUAUGGAGUACUACUUUUUCUAGAUAAAGAAUUAUAGAGUACAACUAGACACAAUCGGCAACAAGGUCGUAGUUUCUGCCUUUCUGAUUCCGACACCAACCAAUCAUGUGCUGUUUUUUUUCUUUUAUUAACUGAAAGAAAAGAUGUGUAGGCGCUAGUAACUUGCCCCCAGAUAUCUUUCACCGGGCUGGAGGUUACACCGGAUUUUUCCUCUAACUUGAUAGUUACAUACUGAAACCUCCAAGGGUUUUGUGUGGUACAAUAGCUUGCCGCAAGUCUUCGGAUAUUUGUCAACGUCUAAGCUGAUCGUUUCGUACUCAAUCCCAUGCCAAUUUAUUAUUACUGAAGCGACAUUUUAGGCUUGCAUGGUUGCUCAAGUCGUUCAAUUGGGGAUUAACUAACCUCCUAGAUGAUGUAGACCCGCCCAACUGGUUCCUUAUGUCUUGCAAUCCAUUGUGGAGAUGGAUAAUUGAGCAGGCAUGCUACUAUUUAAGGUGCAGGAAGACAGAGCACAGAUACCUUCCCUGCCUCACAAACAACUCCACCCUGUCAUUUAGCCCUGUUCUGGUACCAGCUGGGUCUUCACUCCUGCUCUGCCGUUUCAACUAGGGGCUUCCUGGUGAUGAAUCGUUAGACACUAAGCUGCGGCCAUCACUCAGUGCUGAAAAAACAAGGUGCCAGAAGUGAUCGACUGCAGGUAUGGGCAACUUGUGCUGCUGUGUUCAAGUUGAUCAGUCAACCGUGGCCAUCAGGGAGCAGUUUGGCAAGUUUGACAGCGUGCUUGAGCCAGGAUGCCACUGCUUGCCUUGGUUCAUCGGCAAGCGUGUAGCUGGUCAUCUCACACUCAGGCUGCAGCAACUGGAUGUGCGCUGUGAGACCAAGACUAAGGACAAUGUCUUUGUGAACGUCGUGGCAUCUAUUCAGUACCGUGCUCUGGCUGGCAAAGCAAGUGAUGCGUUCUACAAACUGAGCAACACAAGGUCCCAGAUCCAAGCAUACGUCUUUGAUGUUAUCCGAGCAAGCGUUCCCAAGCUCAUUUUAGAUGACGCUUUCGAGCAGAAGGAUGAGAUCGCAAAGGCAGUGGAGGAGGAACUCGAGAAGGCCAUGUCAGCUUACGGCUUUGAGAUCGUGCAAACUCUGAUUGUGGACAUUGAGCCAGAUGAGCACGUGAAGCGCGCAAUGAAUGAGAUCAACGCAGCGGCGAGGCUGAGGGUGGCUGCGAACGAGAAGGCCGAGGCGGAGAAGAUCGUGCAGAUCAAGCGCGCGGAGGGUGAGGCGGAGGCCAAGUACCUGUCCGGGCUGGGCAUCGCCCGUCAGCGGCAAGCAAUCGUGGAUGGGCUGAGGGACAGUGUGCUGGGCUUCUCCGUGAACGUGCCUGGCACCACCGCCAAGGACGUGAUGGACAUGGUGCUCAUCACCCAGUACUUCGACACCAUGAAGGAGAUCGGCGCGUCAUCCAAGGCCUCAUCGGUGUUCAUCCCGCAUGGCCCCGGCGCAGUGCGCGACAUCGCCACGCAGAUCCGCGACGGCCUCCUGCAGGGCUCCUCCGUCUCCCACCACUAGUCUGCUGGUUCUGGAGCAGCGUGGAUGCGGAUUCAUUCAGUCGCAGGGAAGGAGAUUGCUUAGCUAUAUGCUUGCCACUCAGUCAGACCAGUAUGAUGCCUGUCUAUAUUGCUCGUGUGUUUCUGCGGAGUAUGGAGUGAUUUCAGUGUGGAACCAUAAAUUAUAACACUCUUCAGUAUUACCUGCUACUCCUAGGGUGCUUGGGGAUCGGAGAACCUUAUCUAACCUUUUAUAAGUGGUAAUAUGAACAUAAGGCAGCAUGAGUUUGCAGUAUAUCUA